CGCGGAUUGAUUCCCGCGCCGGACUCGUUGACUCGCUCCACGUUAUACUUCUGCUCGACGCCCUGCACAGGUCCGUCUGCCCGUUGUCCGCCUUCCCUUCCCUCGGCGCGCAAGUUUGCGCGCCACGCUAUUGGGUUUCCCGGGUCCCGACUUUAUGGUUUUCGUUUGCGUUAUUUCUUAUCCCAUUCUGUUUUGCCUUUUCAUCUUGGCCCGUUUUGUGGAUAUAUCUAUGUGGAGCGUCCCCUACCUAAUCUCGUGCCUCGUAUCCCUUUUACCCUGUCCCCUUUGUCCCCGGAUUGCGGAUGUUCCCGUUUCCCUCGUCUCCAUCUCCUCGUCUGUCUGUCUGUCUGUCUGUCUGUCUGUCUAUAGCCUGCUCUCGUCUCGCGACUCGAACGUUCUCCCAGCCCGUUUCACUACCCCCCGUGUAGCAAAUUGCUGUCUCCUUUGCUUCUUCUCUUCCCGUCUUCUCAUCUUCUGUGCCCCGUACCCACCCACCCCUAAUUGCCCUCCGCGCCCCACCACCAUCCUACAUCCUAUAUCCUAUCCCAGCCAUACGGAUCUGGAGCUCUCUCACGAUAGAUCGGAACGUGUUUUCCCUUUACGAUACUCACGAACCCUUAGGACCCGUUACGACCGCUUUUUUGUGUCCCGCUUAGCACGCAUAUCGUACGCGCCGUAGUUAGUAUGGCUGAAUGCGACGGAUGUUCUGUGCCCUUA